UGGACUGGGCGGGCUCGCGUGCCUUUCCCUUCUGCGGCGCGGUGCCGAGGCCGCUCCCGAGGGAGCCCCUGUCCCCACGGCCGGUCGCGGACACGCCGGGCAGGGGGCGCGCGGGCCGCGGCGGGGGCGAGGGCCUGCCCGCCCUGGGCGAGUCGCGGGGGCCCUCACGGCAGGGGCGGCCACACCCCUUCCUCUCCCCAGAAGUCCCACCCUGAGGGCAGCCCCCAGCCGCAGCUGAGGCUCAGGUCCCCGCCUGGAGCCCAGAGAUGCCAGAGCAGACCCCGUCGUGGCCACGAGCAGGGGUGGGGUGAGCAGGGAAAGCGAGUGCCUUUUGGAUGCUGUGCUGGGGGCUGCUCCGCUGGGGGCCGUACCCCCCUUGCCCAGGAGAGGCACCACAUAACUGCCCGGUGGCCGCAUUCAGGAUGCCCCGGGUUCAGUGGGCCCUCACCAGAGGGAAGUGGACGUAAGGAGGGGCCGUGGCCUCAGUGCCAUGGCCCGGAGGUAGGGGCAGCUUCCUGGCUCGCACUGCCCUUGUGGGUCUGGGCCCGUGCAGCUGAUGCUUUGCAAGACAUUCUGGACAUUGGCCCCACAGCCCACGGCAGGGAGUGGAUGGGGACAGGGUGACCUGGGCAGUUCAGGCACCAGCAGGCUGGAAGGUGCCAGGGCACCCGAGGGCCAGGCCUCCUGGAAACUCUGCGAAGUCCCCCCAAGCCUAUGUGAGGCCUGUCCUGCGGCCGCUGUUGGAGGCCUAGGGCCUUCUGGGACCCCGUCCCCCUGCACCGCGGGAGGGAGGGAGCAGGAGCCGGAAACCAAGAAGAGGAACCAGGUUCUGGCUUCCCAGAGACCGAGGGCCCAGGGCUGCUCUGAAUCCUGCCCUGGACGUCCUGGUAGGGCCCCUCGUGGUCCCGACCCGCCCCACCCCACCCCCACCCUGGGUGGCUGUCUGCAGGGCUGGGAGGUGCAGACCCCUGCAGCCCUUCCCGGCGGUCAGCUCCGCCUCUUCUUUCAGAGGCCCCUGUCUGUGGUGAGGGUCCCAGAACCAGCACCAAGGAGCCCCGGGGUGCAGCCCCACCCACCCAUGCCCACCCCACAGGAGGCCGAGAAGCAGCACCCGGGGCCAGAGGAGGCAGCGCAGCCCCCACCCAUGUCCAGCGAUGCCUGCCCUCCCGCAGCCCCCAGCCGCAGCCCCUGCUGCUUCUGCUGGUGCUGCUGCUGCAACUGCUCCUGGAAUGAAGAGCGGCGGCGGGCGUGGCGGGCCUCCCGGGAGAGCAAGCUGCAGCCCCUCCCCAGCUGCGAGGCGUGUGCCACCCCGAGCCCCGAGGAGGUGCAGAGCUGGGGACAGUCCUUUGACAAGCUGAUGCACAGCCCUGUGGGCCGCGGCGUCUUCCGGGAGUUUCUGCGCACGGAGUACAGCGAGGAGAACAUGCUCUUCUGGAUGGCCUGCGAGGAGCUCAAGGCCGAGGCCAACCAGCACGUGGUGGACGAGAAGGCGCGGCUCAUUUACGAGGACUACGUGUCCAUCCUGUCCCCCAAGGAGGUGAGCCUGGACUCGCGCGUGCGGGAGGGCAUCAACAGGCGGAUGCAGGAGCCCUCGGCGCACACGUUCGAUGACGCGCAGACGCAGAUCUACACGCUCAUGCACCGGGACUCCUACCCCCGCUUCCUCAGCUCCCCCACCUACCGGGCCCUGCUGCUGCGCACGGACUCCCCUGCCUGCAGCGAGGCCUAGCCCACACAGACGCCCCCCUCGGGGGGCCAGGCCGUGCCAGGACCCUGCAGAAGCCCCCUCGGCCCAGGCCCGCUGCCCACGCUCCUGCGGGCCCUUCUGUGUGGCCCCUGGCAGGAAUCGCCACAGACGGACCCACACGCCGAGCAGUGGAGACGAGGGGAGAACCUCCACCCGGGCUGGCCUCGUCCAGGAGCCAGGCCGCAGGACCCGGCCGGUUUUACAUGUCUCUAAGCCUUAACCCUCAGCACAUGUUCCUUGCUGUGUUUUAUCGAAAGAGAAAAGUGUUUUCGUAUU